GGGAUGGACAAUCAGGAGUACCCGCCUAUUGUGUCCUCAAGCAUCGCCCCUGAAGAAGCAGUGAAGCUGCUGACGCCGCAGCAGGUGGAUGAGUUCAGGCAACACUUCAGGAUCUUCGACAAGGAUGGCGAUGGCACAAUCUCCACCGCUGAGUUGGGGACAGUGAUGAGGAAUCUGGGCCAGACUCCGACAGAGGAGGAACUUCAUGACAUGAUCAACGAAGUGGACAAGGACGGUAACGGAGAGAUAGACUUUGAGGAGUUUCUGGAGAUGAUGGCAGGCAAGAUGCAUGCACCGACUAUUGAUGAUGAGAUCCAGGAAGCGUUCAAGAUAUUUGACAGACAGUCCAAAGGAUACAUCACCAAAAAUGACAUCAGAAAUGUGAUGUGUCGGAUGCCAGAUAUCAUGAAAGAGAGUGAACUGGAGAUGUUCUUACACGUAGUCGACACCGACAGAAAAGGAAAGAUCACCUUCGAGGCCUUCGCCGAUGCGAUGAAACUGUCGAUUGACGACUUGAGAGAUAAAGCGGACAGGAAGAUCUCGAUUGCAAACCAAAGGUCAAACCGGUUCAAAGGAUUCUUUUGAGACCCAAACCAACGGAACAAGCAAAGUACGCAGGAAAAAGCUGAGAAAAAAAAACAAACCAAAAGACUUGUAGAUUACCGACUGUUUUGAACAUCCAAACAGGAGCAGUUUCACCCACUAUUUGCAUCAGAAAUUGAUUGAUGUCUCAAUUAAUUAAAAACUAAUAAAUUAACCGUUAUAUUCUUAA